CAAGCUGCCACUUCAGAGGAGGAGAAAGAUACUUCGCCAAAGUUUCUCAUUAUUAAGUCUAUGAAGGGCGAUGGCAUCUGUAUCAGUGCUGCUUUAUGAUAUUCUAGAUGACCUGAAACAAGAAAAUCUGAAGAGAUUUAGGAGUAUUUUACAGCAAGAUGGGCGCAUUGGAGCUGGUAAACUGGAGAAUGCGGAUGUCACUGACACAGUGGAUAUGAUGGUGGAGAAUUAUGGACCGGAAGAAGCUGGGAAGAUCACACUGACCAUCCUGAGGAGGAUAAACCAGAACCAGCUGGCUUUAGAUUUAGAGAACAAGUACACAGAAGAAGCGGUUGAGAAACACACAAGAAAACAAGAGGAUUCCUGGCUGCAGGAACUCUUGAAAACUCACAAAAAGAACAUGAAGGAGAAAGUAGAACACAUUUUUGAUGAAAAAAAGAAAAAAGAAGUACAUCUCACAGACGCUUAUACAGACCUCUUCAUUACAGAGGGGGAUAUUAAAGAAGUCAAUCAUGAACAUGAGAUUCUGAAGAUUGAUAAUGCCUUUAAACCCCGUAAAUCACAGGACAGGCCAAUCAAAUGCAAUGAUGUAUUUAGUCUGAAUAAAAAGAAGAAAAAGAUCGUGCUGACCAAAGGCAUCGCUGGCAUUGGAAAAACCAUUUCAGUGCACAAGUUCAUUUUGGACUGGACAGAAGGAAAAGCCAAUCAGGAUAUUGACUUUGUGUUCCUACUUCCAUUACGAAAGAUGAACUGCAUCAAAGACAAAGAGAUCAGUCUGCAUGAGAUUCUACAAAGAUGUAAUCCUGAAUUGCAGGGCCUGGAAACAUUGAAGAUAAAUAAGAUAUAUAGUAAUAAGCUCGCGUUUAUCUUUGAUGGACUGGAUGAGAGUCGACUGACUCUGGAUUUUGACAGUGGAAUGGUGACGAGUGUUGAGGAGCGAUCAUCUGUAGAUGGACUGUUUGCAAGUCUGGUGAACGGGACUCUGCUUCCAUCAGCGCUCGUCUGGGUGACAUCACGACCAGCAGCAGCCAAUCAGAUCCCUCCUGAGUAUGUCGGGUUGUUCACAGAGGUGCGAGGAUUCACUGACCAGCAGAAGGAGGAAUACUUCAGAAAGAGAAUCAAAGAUGAGACUCAGGCCUCCAGAAUCAUCUCACACAUUAAGAAAUCUCGAAGUCUCUACAUCAUGUGCUACAUUCCUGUGUUCUGUUGGAUCACAGCCACUGUUCUUCAACACUUCUCCACUGGAAACAAUGCAGAGGACAUCAACACAACACUCACUGAAAUGUACAUCCACUUCCUGCUGAUACAGAUGAACAUGAAGAGCCAAAAGUGUGACAGAAAAACAGAAAGAGAACGUACUAAGCUCUUAGAUUCCAAUAAAACAACGAUAUUGAAGUUAGCCAGGCUAGCGUUCGAAGAACUAAAGAAGGAAAAUAUUGUGUUCUCUGAGGAAGAUCUGAAAGCAUGUGGUAUUGAUGUGAGUGAAGACUUUGAGUCCACAGGAAUGCUGACUGAGAUCUUUCAGCAAGAAGCUGGACUUCACGAGAUGAAGGUUUUCUGCUUUGUGCAUCUGAGUGUUCAAGAGUUCCUCGCUGCAGUCCAUGUGUUCCUCUGCUACCUGAACAAGAACAUGGAGGAGCUUCAGUUUUUCGUUGAAGAACCACAAAACAGAGUCCGAUAUUUGUUUCUCCCUCAGCUUAAAUUACAUAAAACCCACAAAAAUAUUGCUUUACAUAAAUUACUAAAGAAGGCUGUUAAGAAAGUAAUGCAAAGUCAGAAAGGACAUUUAGAUCUAUUUUUACGGUUUCUGCUGGGUAUUUCACUGGAAACGAAUCAGAAACUGCUCAGAGGCCUGUUCACACACACUGAAGACAGCAAAUACAGUGCCACAGAUGUAACUCAGUACAUUACAGAACAAUUAAAAAGCCAGGACAUCUCACCUGAAACUUCAAUCAACAUGUUCUACUGCUUACUGGAGCUCAAAGACAAUUCAUUUAACACAGAAAUCCAAAGAUACUUCAGAUCAUCUCCAGGAAGAAGCCUCUCAUCUUCCAUGUGCUCCUUGCUGGCCUACAUACUGAUGAUGUCCGAGGAUGUGCUGGAUGAGUUCAACCUGAAUAUGUACGAGACCACAUGGGGAGGCUACAUGAGUCUCUUGCCAGCUGUGAGAUGCUGCAGAAAAGCAAAACUCUCCUCAUGUAAACUCAAUGAUACCUGCUGUGAAACUGUGGCUUUGGCCCUGCAGAUACCAACCUCACCCAUGAUAGAGCUGGACAUGAGUCACAAUGAGCUGCAGGACUCAGGGGUGAAGCUGCUCUCUGAGGGCCUGAAGAGCCCAAACUGUCAGCUGAAGAUAUUGAGAUUGGCAGGCUGUACACUCACUGGUCAGUGCUGUGAAUUUGUGGCAUCAGUUCUACAAUCACCAAACUCCCGUCUGAUAGAGCUGGACAUGAGUGACAAUGACCUGCAGGAUUCAGGAGUGAAGCUGCUCUCUGAUGGACUGAAGAGCCCAGACUGUCAGCUGAAGAUACUGAGAUUGGCAGGCUGUACACUCACUGGACAGUGCUGUGAAUAUUUGGCAUCAGCUCUACAAUCAUCAAACUCCCGUCUGAUAGAGCUGGACAUGAGUAACAAUGACCUGCAGGAUUCAGGAGUGAAGCUGCUCUCUGCUGGACUGAAGAGCCCAAACUGUCAGCUGGAGAUACUGAGAUUGGCAGGCUGUACACUCACUGGUCAGUGCUGUGAAUUUGUGGCAUCAGUUCUACAAUCAUCAAACUCCCGUCUGAUAGAGCUGGAUAUGAUUCGCGAUGAGCUGCGGGACUCAGGAGUGAAGUUGCUCUCUGAUGGACUGAAGAGCCCAAACUGUCAACUAAAAAUACUGAGAUUGUCAGGCUGUACACUCACUGGACAGUGCUGUGAAUUUUUGGCAUCAGUUCUACAAUCAUCAAACUCCCGUCUGAUAGAGCUGGACAUGAGUGUCAAUGAGCUGCAGGAUUCAGGAGUGAAGCUGCUCUCUGAUGGACUGAAGAGCCCAGACUGUCAGCUGAAGAUACUGAGAUUGUCUAUCUGUAUGGUGACAGAUGAAGGCUGUGGUUAUCUGGCUUCUGCUUUGCGCUCAAACCCCUCUCAUCUGAGAGAGCUGGAUCUGAGCUUCAAUAACCUUGGAGAAUCAGGAGUCAAGAUGCUCUCUGAUCUACUGAACGACCAAAACUGCACACUGAACAAACUGGAUAUUGAACAGUGCGAAUAAUUUUGUCCUGUGAAUGUCUGUAUAUCUUUUCAGUUUUACUAUCAGUGAAGUAAACUGUCAUUCAAAAGGAGCUGUAGAGCUGCAGGAAACAGAGGAAAAUAUUAUUGAUUUAUUUAGUUAGUUACACAUCAUUCUCAAUGAAAGGACUUCUUACAUGGAUAGG